CCGCCCUCUCCCGGGUCACGUGACUCCCGGGCCCUGCUCAGCUGACGGCGGGAGCAAGCAAGAUCAGAAGCCGCUGCGCAACGCGGACCGGUGUUGGUCUCUUGCGCGGCCGGGAUGGGGCAGCCGACCGUGGCCCGGUUGCUGCUGCUGCUGCCGCUGCUGCCGCUGCUGCAACCGCCCGCCAGCAGAGCGAAGACCUGCGAGGGCCAGGGCCGCUGGCCGGUUCCUUACAGGCGCUUCGAUCGCCGUCCCCGGCCGGAUCCCUUUUGCCAGGCGCGCUACACCUUUUGCCCGAGCGGCUCUGCCUUUCCGGAGAUGCGGGAGACGGACGUCCUGGCCGUGUAUCGCUUGCAGGCUCCCGUCUGGGAGUUUAAGUACGGAGGGCUCCUGGGCCACCUGAAAAUCAUGCACGAUGCUGUGGGCUUCAGAAGCUCCUUGACUGGGAAGAACUACACAAUGGAAUGGUACGAGCUUUUCCAGCUUGGGAACUGCACCUUCCCACACCUGCGGCCUGAGGACCCCGCCCCCUUCUGGUGCAACCAGGGGGCGGCCUGUUUCUAUGAAGGGAUCGAUGACGCCCACUGGAAGGAGAAUGGCACCCUGGUCCAGGUGGCUACAAUUUCAGGAGCUAUAUUCAAUCAAAUGGCAAAAUGGGUGGAAUACGACAAUGAAACUGGCAUUUACUACGAGACCUGGACGGUCAAAAGCAACCCAGAAGAAAAUUCCCGUGUCUGGUUUGAGGCAUAUGAAUGCUCCAAAUUUGUACUACGAACCUACCAGAAGCUGGCUGAGCUGGGGACCGUUUUCAAGAAGAUCCAAACAAAUUACACAACCAUUACUCUGUUCAGCGGAGAGCCUGUUUGCUUGGGCAAUGAGACAACUCUCUUCGGACCGUGGGGAAACAAAUCCUUGGCAUUGGCUAUUAGGAAUUUCUAUUUGCCCUUCAAACCUUACCAUUCCGUGAAGGAGUUCUUCCUUAAUCUAUUGAGGAUACUUGAAGAGGUAGUUCUGGAUCAUCGGUUUUACUUGUUUUAUAAUCUGGAAUACUGGUUUUUGCCCAUGAAAUAUCCCUACAUGAAAAUAGCAUAUGAAGAAAUCCCGCUGCCUAACUCCAACGCUACCAAAUUAUGACGUGUAAUUCUCGCCUGUUUUAACCCACUCUUGGUGGGCUGACCCCACCCAGAUGAGAUCUGCCUGGUCAAACUCUGGUUUUCUGCAGCAUAAGGAACAAGAUGGUUUUAACUGGGUCUUUAAUUUACCUCUGUUAUGGUCUGUUUCAGUGGAAUCAGGCUUUGGUGGAUGGCAAUGCAGUAGGAUCACAAGCUAAAGAGGAUCAGAAUUGUAGUCUAAUAGAUAAGUUGCUACAAUUGUGCUUUUCUUUUCCUUGAUGAAUAUCUUGAAUGGCAAAUGCUGGGAGUUUAUAGAAGGUUGGAUGGAUCCAAAACAAAGGUGCCUCGAACCUGUUAGCAUUAGACAAAUUUGGCAGAUGAACACUAAGCCAGCACUGAUGAUGUUAUCUAGUUUGGUAAUGAAACAUCUGCAAGAAAACCACCAAGCCCAAAGACCACCAAGGACCCCACAGAAAGUAAGCAAGUAAAACUCUUCAGGGGAAGACUGAAAGAUUGAUCCUAUAACAUCUUAAAUAAAACUCAUGCCUGAAUGACUGUAUGUGGCAUUCAGGAAUACAGAGAAUGGUACACGGGCUUCUAACAAAGGCCUUCCGUACUUGACAUUCAGUUAUCAGUAAGUAUGUUUCCCUAGAUUGUACACAGAGGGUUGCAAACUUUGGCACGUGGUUGUGUAGCCAUACAUAGAUAUUUGGUAUGGAUUAAAUGUUCCUCCUCCCACAUCCUAUCUAACCUGAGAUCUAAUUCUAAGAAGCUUAGCACAGCAGUCCUGAUCCUUUGCAAAUGUGCAUUUUCUGCAGUCUUAGGCGAUGAUUGCAAAGAAGCAGCUGAGAGCUAUAAAGAUUUCAUUCCUCCAUCGCCAGAAUAUUCCUGUCCAGUUCUGACAAUCACAAAUACAGCCGUGAAAAAACCUGUGUGCCUUAAUUACUUGCCAGAUGCCACUGUGCACAAGGGCUAAGCUUUGCCAAGUCUUGACUUUCUUCUGAUAAGAGCCAACGGAUCUGUGGAACUUCUUUUUUUCAAGCUGGACAGUCUAUUUUUGUGGUGAAAUGAUUGCCAAAUAAAAGCACCUCUAUUUUGGAAAUAAUUUUUCACCCUAUCUGUAUUAAGCAUCAUUCCAAAUUUCAGGCUAUGUGUAAAUGUCAUUUUUUUAUAUAGCUGUUCCAGAAGAUGGUGAGCACAGCUUUUCCUUCACAUCAGAUGGAAACUGACAGCACCCCCGCUUUAUUGCUCAGAACCAGGAACUGCAUUUGUGCCUGGAAAGUCCUCAUUUCGCAACCACAAUUGGGCUUCACAACCUAGUUGUUAAGUGAAGCAGUCGCUAAGUGAAAUAACUCUGCUGAUGAUCUCCAGCUUUCCUUUGCUUGACAGACCCAAAGUAGGUUAUAAAUGUGAAGGCUGGUUGUAAAGUGACUUUUUCAUCAUCACCACAACUACAAAUGUUUGCUAAACAGGGACUACUUAUACAGACCGGGAGCUGGCACAGGUUAAAUUGUUCUUUGAUCGUGAAAAAUAAAUGACUUCGAAAUA